AGCUCCGCCGGAGCCAUGCGCCGGCCGCAGCGCCGCCUCGAGUCCAAGCAGUCCCGCGACAAGGAGGACGCCGAGAUCCGACUCCUCGAAGCCUGGAUCGACGCCGGCAAGCCCCUCCCGGGAACCAAGCCCCCUCCCCCCUCCAAGUCCUCCUCCGCCGCCGACGCACGGAAAAACGCACGAGCUGUGGUGGCGAAGGCGGCGGCCGGGGAGUACUCGCAGUAUGGCGCGUGCACGCGGUUCGACGAGUUGCCGCUGUCCAAGAAGACAAAGGAAGGCCUGCGGAAGGCGGGGUACAAGGUUAUGAGCGAGAUCCAGCGCGCCGCCAUCCCCCACGCGCUCUGCGGCCGCGAUGUCCUCGGCGCGGCCAAGACCGGGUCCGGCAAGACCCUCGCCUUCGUCAUUCCGCUUCUAGAGAAGCUGUAUAGGGUGAAAUGGACUAAGAUGGAUGGCGUCGGUUGCAUUAUUAUCACUCCCACUAAUGAUCUAGCUGGUCAAAUUUGGGAUGUGGUCAAUAGGCUGGGGACGCCCCUUGGCUUUAGUGGUGGUGCUAUUGUUAAGCGCAAUGGUAUUGAUGACGAAAAAGAAGCCAUAAACCGUUUGAACAUCAUAGUGUGCACUCCUGGGCGGUUAGUCCAGCACUUUGACGAGACUCCAAACUUCGAUUGCUCACAGCUCCAGAUUUUGGUGAUUGAUGAGGCGGAUCAUAUGCUUCACCGGGAUUUCCAAUCCCAAAUUGACAUCAUCAUUUCUCAGAUCCCGAAAGUACAAACUUUACUAUUUUCUGCUACACAGACAAAGUCAAUUAAGGACCUCGCAAGGGUUAACCUGAAGAAUCCUGAAUAUAUAAGUGUGCAUGAGCAGGCUAGCACAGCCACCCCAGAUUUCCUUGAGCAGUGUGCCAUGAUUGUGCCUCUUGAGCAGAAGCUGAAUAUGCUCUGGAGCUUCAUCAAAAGGCAUCUAAGGUCAAAAAUACUAGUCUUCUUAACAAGUGUUAAGCAGGUCAAAUUUGUUUAUGAAAUUUUUAAGAAACUUCGUCCUGGUAUUCCUUUAAAAUGUAUGCAUGGGCGGAUGAAAUAUGAAGUACAGCAGGCCAUAGUGGCAGAAUUCAAUGAGAGUACUUCAGUUCUGUUCUCAACUGAUAUAUCUGCUAGAGGAUUGGAUAUACGGGAUGUGGAUUGGGUGGUACAGGUUGAUUGUCCAGAAAACCUUGCAGUAUACAUCCACAGAGUUGGUCGCACAGCUCGUUACAAUAGGAAAGGAAAAUCUCUUAUAUUCUUGUGUCCUGAGGAAGAAAAAAUGCUGGAAAAGUUGAAGGCAGCCGAAAGCAAAAUACCUAUAAGUGUUAGAAAGCCAAAAGUGGAACAGCUGGAACAGAUAUCUAAGAAUAUAGCAGCAGUGCUGGUUAAAUUUCCCAAUCUGCAGCAACUGGGUAAAAGGGCUUUUGUUACCUAUCUCAAGUCAAUCCACGUCCAGAAAGACAAAGAGGUGUUCGAUCUGAACAGGUUCUCUGCAGAGAAUUUUGCUGCAUAUGCUUCUUCGCUUGGUCUUCCUGUUACCCCUAAAAUCCGCUUCGUAACCCACCAAAAGAAUGUGUCGAGGAAGGAUAUGGAUGAGAAUGAUGUGAAACAGAUGAAACAGAAAGCUAAAGUUAUCGAAAUAAAUCCACAGAAAAACCGUGACAUGCUUGCGGAUGAUGGACUUGAUGAUGAUGACAUCCUUUAUCCAAAGAAGGCUACAACAGAUCCAAAUAUGCUUCAGCUUGACGACAUCCUUUCUCCUAAAGCACCUGGCACCUAUACAAAUAUGGAACCAGGAAAAGUCGAAGAGUUGGCAGCUAGGCCCUUGAAGAAGAAGAAGUUGAAGAUAAACGUGCACAGGCCCGUGGGAACAAGGGUCAAGUACGACGAUGAGGGCAACGCGAUUGAUCCUCUUGCGUCUUUGGCGGAAGAAGUGGGCUCAGAAGACGUGAUUCACAAGGAUAAAAUUUCCCAGAGGUAUGCGGAGAUGCUGAAAGAAAUGCAGGAAGACGACAAGGAGGACAAGGCCCAGCAUAAGAAGACUUUGCACGAGAAGAAGUUGCAGAAGAAGAUGAAGCUGAAGCGCAAGAGACAGGAGGAAACAGAUGCGGUGUCCGAGGACAGCGGCUCAGAGUCGGAUGGAGGCCGGAACAUGCCCUACAAGGGUAAGAAGAAGUACUUGAACAAUAGUGACGAGGAUGAAGGCGGUGAUGAGGCCAAGGACCUUCUCGCUCAGCAGGAGGCACUGGCCCUGAAGCUUCUGGGGAAAAUGCACGACUAAAUUCUGGGAUGUGAUGGCGCUGGGUGUUUGUGCUGAGCCGCAUUGCACCCCAGGGUUCUAUUGGUGGUUGUAGGUUAGUGAGCUCUCCACAAUGGAGAGAUGAAAUUUUGAUGUGCUAGCUAAAUACCUGUGUGUUCCUACGGAUAAAGAAAAAAUUACAUUACAUAAUUUUAUACUAGUCAUGUUUAUUCCA